UGCGAGGUGGGCGGUGAGAGGAAGUGGCGGCAGCGGCGGCGGCGGCGGCCGGGGGCGGCAAGUGCUGGUCCGCGCGGGCGGCAGGCAACGGCUGAGGCGAUUCAGCGGCAGCGGCGUGGGCUGGGCUUGAGCGGGCGGCUACACCUCAGUCUCCCCGGAGCGGGAGCCCACGCGGGCGGGCUCCUGAAACAAAGGGACGCGAGAGUCAGGGCGCCGCGGGUGGGCGGUCAGUCGGUCAGCGCGGAGCCGGCCAGCCGGUUGCCCGCGGAAGCCCCUACCCCGGCCGGCUGGCGAGACCUCAGGGCGGGAAGAUGCCGCGCGUCGUGCCCGACCAGAGAAGCAAGUUCGAGAACGAGGAGUUCUUCAGGAAGCUAAGCCGCGAAUGUGAGAUUAAGUACACGGGCUUCAGGGACCGGCCCCACGAGGAGCGCCAGGCGCGCUUCCAGAACGCCUGCCGCGACGGCCGCUCGGAAAUCGCUUUUGUGGCCACAGGAACCAAUCUGUCUCUCCAGUUUUUUCCGGCCAGUUGGCAGGGAGAACAGCGACAAACACCUAGCCGGGAAUAUGUCGACUUAGAAAGAGAAGCAGGCAAGGUGUAUUUGAAGGCUCCCAUGAUUCUGAAUGGAGUCUGUGUUAUCUGGAAAGGCUGGAUUGAUCUCCAGAGACUGGAUGGUAUGGGCUGCCUGGAGUUUGAUGAGGAGCGAGCUCAGCAGGAGGAUGCAUUAGCACAACAGGCCUUUGAAGAGGCUCGGAGAAGGACACGUGAAUUUGAAGAUAGAGACAGGUCUCACCGGGAGGAAAUGGAGGUGAGAGUUUCACAGCUGCUGGCAGUAACUGGCAAGAAGACAACAAGACCCUAGUCCUGGUUCCAAUUUAAGUGGUGGUGAUGACCUCAAACUUCGUUAAUCAGUAGAUGUGCACAGAUGUGCCCCCCAUCUUUUACAUAUACAUUGGUUCUAGUUGGCAAAAACAAUUGAUUAAAAGACCAGAAACUGUGAUAACUGGAGGUACUAUGGUCUGUUUCUCAACCUUAGGCAGUAACAGGACACCACAGACUGCCAUGGUUUUGCACUAUGAUUAUUAUUAUACCUGCAUUUCUAAUUUUGUAUGCAUGUAGCCAGUAAUUGGUUUUUUUUCUAUGCAAGCUUACCUUGUUGGCAUUAUUUUAGUGAGUUGAAACUGUCCAUUUGUGAAGCUCUUUUUCUCCCACUUUAAUUUAAAAGUCAUGUCAUUUAGAAAUUAAACUUUUAAUAUUUUUUUUCCUCUAAUCAAUUGCUUUUUUUUUUUUUGUAAUUUUAAAUGUGUUGGCUAUACAGCUUCAUUUUAGAUAGGCAUUCUUGAUUUUUUUUUGUUUUGUUUGUCCCAUUUCCUUUUGUGUUUUUAUAGUCUAUGGCAUUUUAAAACUGCUGAUGUGUUUGCAUUAUUUACAAGCUAAAGACCUGGUAGCAUAAAGCUGUCUGCCACAGCCCUCUAAUACAGAGUUUACAGUUUAUUAAAGUUGCAGUAUCCUUUUAAAUGUUGAUGAUCAGCUUCUUUUCUUUCCUUUUUAAACAUAAAUUUUUUAAAUUGGUAUUAAUUCUAAUCUGCCCCAGAUCUGUUUUAGAUUCUGUUCUGUAAUCAUGAGUUUGGGGAUAUUCUCCAUAGAUGAUAAUACUCUACUGAAAUGCCUAAAGAAGUCACAGACUGGCUUCUGUUUUAUUCAGGGAUUUUUUUUUAAGUCAAUCAGAAAAGGGAUACUGGAGCUUCUUCAUGUAUGUCACAGCAUAUUAAACUGGAGACAGUGAUGAAUCAGCUACAAAGGUAAUACUGUAUUAAAAUCAUGUUUAAGAUAGCUGCUUUUAUGUGUAUUUUAUAAUGCAUGCUUUUGUAAAAACAAUGCUGGAUGAUGAAAGAUUAGUCUUAGAAAAUGUUCAUCUGUGCAGAGGAUACAUUUUCUUCCAUUAAUUAUCCUGGAAAAAAACUCACAGGUUGUAUAUAUAAUAUUUUCCAAAAGGACUAUUUAUUAAUAGAGCCUUUUGAGAUGAAUUAGUAUAAGGAUAUUUUUUAAAUAGGCUCACUGUCAAAUUGAAUGCAACUUUUCCUUUUAAUACAAGACUGGAAAAACGUGUGAAGUCAUUUGACACCUCCAUACAAAUAUUUUUCAUGAUCAUGUUCAUUAAAUGUUACUAUGUUUCUGAAUUUUUGCAAAAAUUAUUUUAUCAUAACAGAAUGGCAUUAUUUUAAAGAGUUUGAAAAACUGACAUGGUCAGUUCAGAAAAUGAACUGAAACCUGAAUAAUGAAUAAGGUCAUUACAUUAAAAACAUAUGUGUGUAUAUAUACAUAUAUGUAUGUAUAUAUAUACUUGAUUGAUGAGAAAGAUGUGACUUUCAUUGUAUAUAGGUCUUAUAAUUCAUAAACAUAUCCUGUAUCAGAAUAAAAACACUUGUUAUAUAUUUGAAGUCAUGCAUGGUAAGCAGUGUGUUUAAAUUGUUAUAAACAGUGCAUCAUAAAAGACCAUGCUGAUCUUGUGUAACUAACUACUAUGAAUGAAUUUGGUUGGUAUUUUGGUGUUGUGCGGCUCACAUGUUUACACACUCAGUGCCCUAAUUUCCCCCAAGGGAAUCGCCUUUUAAGUGGUCCUUAUAAUGGUCUUCUAAGGUUACUUUAUCACAGAGCUUCUUGAUUUUUUGCUUCUGCACUUCAAUUCUUUUUAAUAACAUGAUGAUGAUGUUACAUUUUUCUCUAGUGCUUCUUGGCUAAGAGCUUUCAGUCCACCAGUAACUAAGAUCAAAUGUUACUAAAUGUUCGUGUUGCCAUCUUUAUGUAAAUAUGAAAUUUUUCCUGUCAUUUAGCACUGUGCUGCUUCGGUCCGUCUUAAUGCUGGCAUUAAGAUUAUGAGCCCUUUUUCUCCAGUAGUGCAAGCUUUGAAAACUACUUUUAUUAAGUUAUUGAUGCAAUUUGGUAUUUUUCCAUAGUCUAUAUUUAAACAAAAUUACAUCAUUGCAUCAUCUUUUCCAAAUUCAUCUCCAUUAAAACUUGCCUUAAGCUACCAAAUUGCUUUUGCCAUCAUUAGCCAUAUUGUGUGUUUGUAUGUUUAAUUUACUUUCACAAUAAAGUUCUGUGUAGUGAAAA